AUGCUCGUCAAAUCCACUGCUGUCGCCUUGAUGGUGGCUGUUGGCUCGGCGAACGCGGCUGUCAUCUACGGCAAGGAAUCAGUGAUCAGGGAGGACCCGGACUUCGGCCUCUGCCUUCCAACCAUGAAGUUUGAAGGUGGACUCGGCGGGCGACCGUCCAUGGACUUUACUUUCUUGCCCUCGGACCCAUUGUGUGCUCGUGGCCAGCAAGAAGCUUCCAAUCCAAACAUCAUCACCAACCGUAUCUGCGACCAGUUGUCAACAGUCUGUGGCGCGAACAGAGAAGCAGUGGUUCUCUGCCGCGAAGCCCAGGCCAAGAUCCGAUCCCUGGGAACCAAGGACAAAUCCACCGCCGAUACGUGGAACACGCUCAUGGGCUUCGGCUACGCUUUGACCAAUCCCGAUGGUGGUGCCGCUGUCCCCGGCGCCGUCAAGGACGACUUGAAGAAGCGAGCUCCCAAACCUAUCAUCUUCUGCUCCGCCACGGAAUGGAUUGACGAGUGCACUGGGUGGCCCGCCCCAGAGCCUGUUGUCAAGCGGGAAGUGGUCGCCGCUCCUGUGAAGAAGAGGGAUGUUGGCACCGCUCCGGUCGAGAAGCGGGACGCCGAGGUCAAGAGGUCGGAGAAGAAGGCCAAAAGGGCGGAUAUCCCAUUCAUCCCCUGUUCCGCCACCGAGUGGAUUGACACAUGCACCGGUUGGCAAUAG